AUGGAUGAAACUGUGUAUGGGACAGUCCGUAGCUCAAUUAUUACCAUGGACCCACUUCCAAACAUGAAUCAGACUUACGCCAAGGUGAAGUCUGUGGAAAGAGUUCAGACGGUGGUGAGAGGAAGGGAGCAACAAGGAGCUCAAAUGGCUUUCGUUGCUCGUAGUGGGAACGCUCAUGGUGGUGGAGAAGAUAAAACUAAACUCUUAUGUACCGAGUGCAAGAAGACACGACAUAUUGCAGAGACUUGUUUCCAGGUCAUUGGUUAUCCAACUUGGUGGGGAGAGAAAUGA